GCCAUGCAUCAAUUAAGGGAUUCAAUGGCUCACGGACACACCACACGAACACGGUCUUAAACCCAAAAUCAGUCCAGCAAACGACGCCCCUUACCCCUCCCAACAUCCAACGAACAAAACGCCACACGUCACAGCAACCGACACAGCACAGCAACGGCAAAGGACUGAUGAGUGGCCCACUACGGCUCCUCAUUAUUCCCCAGCGACGCAUACACAUGGUCAUCUUUUCGCCUCCUAGUGGGGCUUUCCAACAGCACAUCGAUUCUAUCCUGCCCCUGCUGCUGCCCCUCUCCCCCCUCCCCCUCAGGGUCUGCAUGGGGGUGUUUGUCCGCGGCAGCGGGGGUCCGCCUGACCUUGAGAAACCCCAGCUGCAGCACCGGCCUCCGAGAAGACGAUGCUGUGGAGGACUUCCCGCUGUCGCAUUGUGGGGGGUAGGGGCAGGCGUCGUUGUUGUUGUCGUCGCUAUCGUUGCCUUCGGGUCUGUGGGACCCGUGGGCUGGCUCUUCCUCUGUCACGGGGCAGCUGAUACUGUCGCCUCUCGACUCACGAAGCUCUUGCGACAACAGGUCUUUCGUCUCUGCAGACAGACACAGCAAGGGAGGGAGACAUUUGUGACACAGCACAACAAACAAAUGUCCUCUUGCUUUGCUUCCUCUCGAUGCUCACUCACCUAGAAGCUCAUUGGUCUUUGCCGUGACGACACUCCGCCCGUCGCUUUCCUCCUCCUUAGUCUUGGUAGUGAAGGUCCGAGAGAGGCCCAUCGACCGCAUGCUCGUCACCGCCCCUCCCUCACUGUCCGCCCCAAUCGUGCGCCGCCGGCUGCUGCCCCCCUCCUUGAACGACACACCGGCGCCCUUCUUCCACCCGUGGCCGCCACUCUUGUUGGCAUGGUCUCGCUCAGAAACCGCCCCCAGCCGAGAGGCGUUCGUCGUGACGCCGGACCGCUGUGUCUCCGUAGUGGCCAUCGCCCGCAUAGCGUCCUUCAGCUUGCUCCGACGCCGCACCGUCCAGAUGGUGAGGGCAAGCGCGACAAGCACGAGCGCCAAGCCGAUGGAGGUGCCGAUGAUCAACACGGACAGGUCGCUGCCAGUGGUGUCUGUGAAAAGGCGUCCGAGGGUCAGGUCGCCCUUUGUGAUGAAGAACGGCCCAAAAGCGGCUACGGUGUCGCUGCUGAUGGGCUCGAGGGCCCUCGCUGUGGAAGUUCCUUGGCAUGGGACGCAGUCGGGCUCGUUGCACAGCCUGAUGCUGCAGAAGAGGUAGCCGUAUUGGGUGCCGGCGAAUGAGAAGGAUGGAGUGGAGAAGCGGACGGUGUGGCUUUCCUGAAAGUACACGUCAGUCGGGAUGGGCCGCUCCAGAGCACAGCCGCCCUCUAUCAUUUUCUAAGCAACAGAAUGCCACAACAUACCAGGAUCGUGUCUCCUUGCCGGCCAGGUAAAGGCCCGUGACUUACAUAGCCAAGGUUGACGGGCAGCGGGGAGCUCGCCCCCGCCCAACAGUCCACCAAAUUAACAUAUAGCUUCUCCACCAGCUCGGUGGGCAGGUUAGUGGUGUCCAGCUUGACCUCGACAUAGAACUUGCUCGACGCCUCCUGCCCCUCCUCGACAGUGAACUUCUGAGGCGGGACGACGGGCUGCAGACAUUCGUCAUCGCGACACAGCGUCAUCGACACGUCGUACGUGCUGUUGCCGGUCACUCGGAUGCGCCUGUAUCCGUUGGCGAUGGGGAUGUUGACCUGCCCGUCGCUAUUGCGCAGACACUGCCCCGUGGCGUUGAACACCGUGUCGUUGACCUGUAUAGUGCCCACCUGCCCGAUGACCUCAAACCCCUCCGGCAGAUCUGGCGCGGCUGGGCCCUCGUUGUCCGCGAGGCAGCCCUCGAAAGGGAUAGAGAGGCAGUACUCGUUCGGCUGUGUGACCCCAGGGCAUGGCGCCCCGGACGUGUCAAGCCACUCGGCAGUGCAGUUGCAGAGCACCUCGUCGAAACACAGCACCAUUGCGUCAGCCUGGCAUUCCACCGUGGCCGUCAGGAAUGAAUCAGCAGCCACGGUAAAGGGCAGGAGGGCUGCCAUGAUGAGGCAGGCGGAGGCGAGGGCCGCCUUUUUCAUGGCGUGAAAGGCCUUGCCAGUCGCGGGGAUGGCUAUAUGAAGAAAGGUCGGGGAUGAAGCCUCGUGGGGCCGAGGAAAACGGCGGAAGAAAGCAGAAAAAGAGGCCGCUUCUUUACAAAGUGUGUCGUGGAAAGGGGGGGAGGGAGAGGGUGAGGCAAUUGGGAG